AUGAUGUACAUAAUCGAUCCGAUUGCCUUCGACAACGUCGCAGAAGAUCGUGCAAACUAUGGAGAUCUAGUAAACAUCUGCGUCAACUAUCAGCUCAACAAGUCUCACGGCUUAGUGGCCUACAGUGAGAUUGAGUACUGCUUCCGUCCUGGUUUAGCAAGUGAUCUUGAUUGGCCCAGCUACCUAUUCCUGGGAUUAAGUUUGAUCAUACUUUUCGUCUGCUUCGCAUCCAGUUCCUACGAUAGCUGGAUCAACAAGGCCCAAUCGGAAGACCACUACACAUCUGAACCCAUCUGUCGAAGGACCACGCUCCUAACAGCUUUUUCCAUCAAGCGAAACUGGUAUCGACUGGCGGCUCCUUCCAAAGAUGAUUUGAACCAAGAGCUUCAGUUUUUUCAGGCAUUUCGCUUCCUCACCAUGGUUCUGGUAAUCCUAGGUCACAGUUGGAACAUGCUGGCAAUGAUCCCGUUGCUAAACCCCGAGGGAUUGGAGCGAAAAUACUAUCGCCCGGCAACGAUUGCUCUCAUCAAUGGAACUCAGAUCGUCCAGACGUUUUUCACGAUCGGUGGAUUCAUGUUGGCCUUGCAGACUUGCAAUGUUCAAGCUAAAUCUAACGGUGGGAAGCUGUCAUGGAUUACGAUACCGACUGCCAUCGGCUUUCGAUAUCUUAGAUUAACUCCCGUGUAUGCCUAUGUGGUAUUGCUGCACGCCACCUGGUUGUCAAAACUGCAAGAUGGACCGGUGUGGCCCAGGGGAGUGCUUACGGAGGAACGAUUUUGCCGUAAAAAUUGGUGGACAAACAUGCUUUUCCUCAACAACUACGUCAAUUCAGAUGAACCAUGUCUCCAGCAAACGUGGUAUCUGGCAUGUGAUUUCCAACUUUUCGUCCUUGGCAUGAUUUCGCUCGUCAUUAUUUCGAGAAACCCGCAUUUGAAAUUUUAUGUUCUUUCAUCGGUCAUAAUUGCUGCCUAUAUUAUCCCGGGAAUGGUAAUCUACUUCGGAAAGUAUGAUGGGGUUUUCAUCAAUAAAUUACAAGACGAACGGUUCCUGUACUGGUAUGAUAGCAUGUAUCGUCACGUGUACAUUCCGUUGCACAGCAAUAUGGGAUGCUAUUUUGGAGGAAUCAUUUUCGGAACGAUAUAUUCCAGUCUACGGAAGACAGCCCACAGACCGAGUCAAUCAUUGUUCUUAAGACUGAUCUGGCACAUGGUGGUUCCGGUAGCUUUCCUCUCGUUGAUAAGCUAUCGAUUUUUUUACGAGAACUACUUCCCGAAACCAUCGCUCUGGAUGGCCAUCUAUUAUCCGAUUAUGAAACACCUCUGGAUUUUUUUGUUCACCUUCUUGGUUUACGGUGUUAUCGGAAACUACAACGGAUUGAUCAAGCGGUUCCUGAACUAUCCGGCAUUCCUGAUUCUGGGCCGGUUAACGUUUUGUGCCUACCUCAGUCACAUGUUCGUACUGAAGAAUGCUUCCAAAUUCAUAAGCGUCGUUGUACUUUCAUAUCUGAUGGCACUAGUGCUGGCACUAAUGUUAGAAUUCCCGAUCUCUUCGCUCCAGAAACUUAUCAGCAACAAAACCAAAAGCUAA